AUGUUCUGUUCCUCUUUUACAGAGAAGUUUGAGGUUGUGGGUCCAGUUGCUCCUGUUGUCGCUGCAGCUGGUUCUGACGUUGUUCUGCCGUGUUCUGUUCGACACUCGGCUGAUCUGUCCAGUCUGAGUGCUGUGGAUUUGAACAUUACGUGGACCAGAUCAGACCUGGGAGGCGCUGUAGUUCAUUUCUAUGGAAAUCAUAAAGACAUGAACACCAGACAGAUUCCUCAUUACAGAGGGAGAACAGCUCUGUUUAAAGAGGAGCUACAGAAGAACAACGUCUCACUGAGACUGAGUGAAGUUAAAGGUCGUGAUGAAGGACAGUACAGAUGUCGUGUUGAGUCCAGAUUCUGGGAUGAUGCGGCCUCUUUUGAUCUGAAAGUUGAAGUUAUUGGAGAGCGUCCAGUGAUCACCUUGGAGAGCUAUGAUAGUAACUCCAAACAGUUCAGUUUACUGUGUGAGUCUAAAGGCUGGUUUCCUGAGCCUGAUCUACAGUGGCUGAACUGUAAAGGAGCCAUUCAGACUGCAGGAGUUACAAAGUCACAGAGACACGCUGAGCUGUUCAGUGUGAAACGACGCUUCACUGUACAUAAGAACAACAUCGACACGUUCUACUGCAGAGUCUCACUGAGAGAACACACGAAGGAGAAAGAUAUCAAAGCUGGUGUCUUCUAUG